AUGGCUGGCAAGAAUAAGAUACCUAAGAAGGAUUUGUCUUCCCAGAAGAAAUCAGGAAAGACUAAGGAAACCUCAAAGAAACAUGAUAUUCCUGAGGAAUCCUUUUAUGCUUCUCCAUUGUAUGAUCUACUAUAUCCAUUCAGACCUGCAGGCAGUCAAUGGAUGACUGAAUAUACCAUUGUAUUGUUUUCUCUUAUUAUAAGAUGUGCAGUAGGACUGGGCCCAUUUUCCGGCUAUGGAGUGCCCCCAAUGUUUGGUGACUUUGAAGCUCAAAGACAUUGGAUGGAAAUUACUCAACAUUUACCUAUACAUAAAUGGUACUGGUUUGACUUAAAGUAUUGGGGAUUAGAUUAUCCACCAUUAACUGCAUACCAUUCCUACAUUUGCGGUAAGAUUGGUUCAUUUUUUAAUCCUAAUUGGUUUGCACUUGACUCAUCCCGAGGCUAUGAAGCUCAAGAUUUGAAAACAUUCAUGAGAUUGACAGUUUUGGUAAGUGAAGCUCUAUUCUAUAUACCAGGUGUAGUCUAUUUUGUUAAAUGGUUGGGGAAGCAUAGAAGACAGUCACCAAUUGGUCAGUUCAUUGCGGCAGCAGCAAUAUUAUUACAACCGUCUUUAAUACUAAUUGAUCAUGGUCAUUUUCAAUAUAACUCAGUGGCAUUAGGUCUAACCGUAUAUGCUAUCAAUAAUUUAUUAGAUGAAUUUUACGCAAUGGCUGCCGUCUGCUUUGUCCUAUCCAUAUGCUUCAAACAGAUGACAUUAUAUUAUUCUCCAAUCUUCUUCGCAUAUUUAUUGAGUAAGUCUUUGUUUACUCCAAAACUAUUCAAUAUACCAAGAUUCUUAGCCAUUGCCAUUGCCACUGUAUGCUCCUUCUUGCUAAUGUAUGGGCCAUUAUACGUCUUUGGUGGUGACCAAGGUCUAAACAAUGUGCUACAAUCAAUCCAUAGAAUCUUCCCAUUUGCAAGAGGUAUCUUUGAAGAUAAGGUAGCCAAUUUUUGGUGUGUAACUAAUGUCAUCUUCAAAUACAAAAUGUUGUUUACUCAACAAGAGUUACAAUUGUAUUCCCUCGUUUUGACAGUGGUUGGAUUUUUACCUGCUAUGAUGAUCAUUCUUUUCUACCCCAAAAAAUAUUUAUUACCAUAUGCUUUGAGUGCAUGUUCAAUGGCCUUCUAUUUAUUUAGUUUCCAAGUUCAUGAAAAGACCAUCUUAAUGCCAUUACUACCAAUAACACUCUUAUAUACUUCCACAGAUAGAAAUGUCCUUUCUAGGGUAAGCUGGAUGAAUAAUAUUGGGUUAUUUACCUUAUGGCCACUUUUGAAGAAGGAUGGGCUAACUUUGCAAUACUGGGUUUGUCUCUUAUUGAGUAAUUGGUUAAUUGGUAAUUUUAGUUUUAUCACUCCCAAUUUCCUUCCCAAAGUUUUAACUCCUGGACCCUCCGUGUCUAUGAUAGGUGAAAAUUAUCAUUACCGUAGUUUAUUGCCAAGGAAUAUUUUCUGGAAAGUGAUUAUUGUUUUGUCAUAUAUUGCUAUGGGUGCUAUUCACGUUUUAGAUGCUUUCGUAAAUCCACCCGUUGCGUAUCCUGAUCUAUGGGUAAUUUUAAACUGUACGUUAGGUUUCGGAUGUUUCUUUUUGUUCUGGAUCUGGAAUUAUUAUAAGUUAUUUUCUAUGAUCAAGAAGUCAUUACAUCAUCUAUAG